AUGGGUCCAGACGACCCCGACAACCCAAAGACGUGGUCGCGUCCAUAUCGUUGGUAUGUUACAAUGUUGUCCGCUGUGCUUGUCUUGAAUGCAACGUUUGCCUCUUCCGCGCCAUCAGGAAUUGUCCCCCAACUGAUGGCGAAGUUCUCCUUCGGCACCGAAGUUGCCACUCUCACUAUCGCGCUCUUUGUCGCCGGCUACUGCGUCGGACCGCUCCUCUGGGGUCCUCUCUCUGAGCAGUACGGACGAAAGCCCGUCUUCCUGAUCAGUUUCACUGCAUAUACCGGCUUCCAAGUAGGAUGCGCGCUCUCGCAAAACACGGCUUCCAUUCUCAUCUUCCGGUUCCUCGGCGGAGUGUUCGCCGCCGCACCAUUGGCAAAUAGCGGUGCUGUCAUGUCGGACGUCUGGGACGCGGACACGCGAGGCAAGGCGAUGGCUCUCUUUGCCCUCGCACCUUUCGCGGGCCCUACCAUCGGCCCUACAGUGAGCGGCUUCAUGGCCGUAGCCGGCGUAUCGUGGCGUUGGGUCUUCUGGCUGUUGACGAUGUUCGCCGGGACAUGCCUCGUCCUGGUCAUUUUCACUCUGCCGGAGACUUACGCUCCCGCUAUUCUGGUGAAACGCGCGCAGAGACUGCGUAAGGAGACUGGCGACGAUCGCUACUGGGCACCGCUCGAGAGGAACACGAUGACUUGGGCGCAGCGGACGAAGCACGUCCUUGGCCGCCCGUUCAUCAUCCUUUUCCGCGAGCCCAUGCUCUUGGUCAUCACUCUGUACAUGAGUUUCAUCUACGGCGUGGUUUACCUGCUCUUUGAGGCGUACCCGAUCGUCUUCACGCGCGGACACCACUUCAACGCGGGCAUCUCCGGGCUCAUGUUCCUGCCGAUCUUCCUCGGCGCGGUCUGCGCCGUGAUCACCUACCUGCUCAUCUUCAACCCGCGCUACCACCGCGCGAUGGCCGACUUCGCGCCCCACCCCGUCCCGCCCGAGUACCGCAUGGAGGUGUGCAUGUACGCCGCGCCCAUCUACACCAUCUCCUUCUUCUGGUUCGGCUGGACGUCGUACCCCUCGGUCUCGUACUGGGCCCCACUCAUGGCCGGGUUCCCGAUGGGCUUCGCGAUCAUCUGGCUGUUCCUGGGCCUGUUCAACUACACGAUCGACGCGUACCUAUUCGUCGCGGCGAGCGCGCUGUCGAGCAUGACGGUCGUGCGGAGCCUGUUCGGCGCGGGCUUCCCGCUGUUCGCGACGCAGAUGUACGAGACGCUGAACCCGCGCUGGGCGUCGACGCUGCUCGGGUGCUUGGCGCUGAUCAUGACCCCAAUUCCGUUUGUGUUGAGGCGGUAUGGGCACAAGUUGAGGAGAAGGAGCAAGUACUCGCCGACGGGCAAUCUGCCGCAUAAGCCGCCGAGGAAGGAGGCGGAGAAAGCCGCUAAGGAGGCGGAGGUGUAG